AUGCGGUCGCCUUCAGUCAAGCCAUCGGCGUAUCCGCCUCUCCCAUUCCAUCUCAUUCGCUUCAUCAUAUUUCUCUCCUCACUCGUGGUAGGCGUGAUUCUAGCCAUAUUCAUCUAUCAUCUCCACGCCGAUGGCUAUAAACUACCAUAUUCAUUCCUUGUGCUCCUCGUGACAUCCGCACUCUCCCUCAUAAACAUCAUCCUCACCUCAGUGAUCCACUGCAGCUGCGGUCUAUCCACAAAACUCUCCAUCUCCGUCAACAUCCUCCUUACAAUCCUCUGGGCUCUCAGCCUCGGCCUCAUGAGCUGGAGCAUGGCCGGCUCAAUAACAACAUCCUGUACAACAACAACCUGGGGCAACGCAGCCGGCAUAACCGUGUGCCGCAGCUACAAAGCCGUAUUCACAUUCACCGUGACUGGUCUUGCCUCGUCCAUCGCAGCAGUCUGGCUGGAUGUCAUCGUGCGCCGGCGCCAGUCCCGCUUCGGCAACUACGGCGCGAUGGGAUCCCAGCCUGGCAUGGAUGACUCGGGCGCGUUUGAUGUCAAGAUGGAUGAUCGCCACAGCGAGUCAACACCUGCUCUGAACGAUUUCCAUGAUAUGCCGCCUGCCGUGCCUGGUAGCUAUGAACAGGGUCCGCCUGGCUAUGGUCGCGAUGAGUAUGCCCAUGCUGGCCAGUCGCAUGGUUACUAUGAUGGUGCGCCAGGAAUGAACCACCGUGGUGCGCCUGGAGAUAGAUUCGGCCCGUAUGAUCAGAAUCAGACUGGGUAUCAGCGGCCUGCGGAGCAGACUGGGUACGAUCCUGCUAUGUAUCGUUAA